GAAAGAUUUGUUAUUUAUCAAUUUGUAUCAAAUUUAUUUUAAAGUUAAUUUGAACGGCUCGAUUUGCAAUCUCAUCGGUCUCGAUGACAAUGUUGGUAAAAUACUCCCUUCCACGGUGCCGUUUCUCAAUUCUCUACCCGCUGCCUACCUACCAAUGUUUUAACCACCUUCUGUUCGCUUACCUCUUUCGUAACAUUCCUUCUAGUUUUUGGUGUUUUACCCUCCUUUGAAUUAAUACGAUUGAAGUCCAUAAAAAAAAUUCAGUUUAAAACCAAAACAAAAAAUUUGUCUCCAGAUUCAUGUACUAUUUUCUCAACUGUUUGUGAAAAAAUAAGUUUUGGUUCUCAAUGGCUGCCAAGCUGGGUUCUUUUAGGUACUCUCUUCUAGAGAAAAGGGAGAGAACAAAAGGGCAUUCAGUGUGGGGAUUCGCCAACGAAGAAGGAGAAGAGGAACAAGGACAAGGACAGGGACUGAGAUGUUUUUCUUACAGAUUCAUAAGCGACAAAAUAACUGGGUUCCUAAAGGUGGUUCAGCUUGUUGCAGGCAAGGCAUGGCAGAUGGGCAAAUCGGAUCCUAGAAAGAUUAUUUUCUCUGCCAAGAUGGGUCUUGCCUUAAUGCUUAUUUCGUUGCUUAUUUUCUGGAAACAGCCCAUCAAGGAGCUAAGCCAACACUCUGUUUGGGCUAUUCUCACUGUUGUUGUCGUCUUUGAAUUCAGUAUAGGAGCAACUCUUAGCAAAGGAUUUAACCGAGGGCUGGGGACACUAUCAGCUGGAGGGCUUGCUCUGGGUAUGGCAGAAUUGUCGCAGUUGGCUGGACAAUGGGAAGAAGUUGUUAUUGUGAUUAGCAUCUUUAUCAUCGGAUUCUUUUCAACUUAUGCAAAACUCUACCCAACGAUGAAGCCAUAUGAAUAUGGACUCCGAGUGUUUGUGUUGACAUAUUGUUUUGUAACAGUCUCUGGGUAUAAGACAGGGGAAUUCAUCCAUACAGCUGUGACACGUUUUUUGCUAAUAGCCCUUGGUGCCGUUGUUUGUUUAGUUGUUAACAUAUUCUUUUACCCCAUCUGGGCUGGAGAGGAUCUACACAAUUUGGUGGCCAAAAAUUUUAUGAGUGUGGCAAAUUCUUUAGAAGGAUGUGUUAAAGGGUACCUUAACUGUGUUGAAUAUGAAAGGGUCCCUUCCAGAAUACUAACUUAUCAAGCUUCAGAUGACCCAGUUUACAGUGGCUACAGAUCAGCUGUAGAAUCUACAAGUCAGGAGGAAGCUCUGUUGGGUUUUGCCAUCUGGGAGCCACCUCAUGGUCCUUACAGGUCACUGGGUUAUCCAUGGAAGAAUUAUGCCAAAGUAAGUGGAGCACUGAGGCAUUGUGCAUUCAUGGUCAUGGCCAUGCAUGGCUGUAUACUUUCAGAGAUACAGGCUCCACCUGAACGGAGACAAGUUUUUCAUCAUGAAAUUAAAAGGUUAGGUGCUGAAGGUGCUAGAGUGUUGCGUGAGCUUGGGAACAAAGUUAAAAAGAUGGAGAAAUUAGGUCCUGUUGACAUACUAUUUCAAGUGCAUGAUGCUGCAGAAGAGCUGCAAAACAAAAUUGACCGAAAAUCCUACCUUCUUGUCAAUGCUGAGAGUUGGGAAAUUGGAAAUCGGCCACAUAGUCUGGCAGAGCCUCAAAAUUUACUGAACUUGGAUAGUGAAGAACACAAAGUCCUGGGUAGUAAGUCCCUCAGUGAAGCAGUACUUUGUCUCAGAACAGUUACUAUACCAAAUAGUUGGGAUGGUCUGAAAAAUAAUGUAGGUGCCAACCCCACAGUACCUCCUCGUGCACCCUUUGGAGACUUACUUAAGAAACAGAUAUCAUGGCCCGUGCGCACUUCAUUAACUACUGAUGCAGUCCCGCUUUUGGAAGAGUCAAAAACAUUUGAGAAUGCAAGCGCAUUGUCAUUGGCAACAUUUACUUCACUUUUGAUUGAAUUCAUUGCAAGGCUGCAAAAUGUUGUUGACUCAUUUGAAGAGUUGAGUGAGAAAGCAAACUUUAAGGAACCUGAUGAGCUACCAGCAGCAGCAAGAGAGCCCAUUGGCCUUUGGUCCAGAUUGUUUAGGUAUCUGAAGUUUUAGAAUUGGCAUAUAACAUCUUAGUUAAAGAUUAGAAAAGACAGAGAUGGAAUUACUCGGAGCCUAAAUCAGGAAUUACAGCUUAAGAUGCAGGCCUCAACAAGCACAGGAUUUUAUUGAACGAAGUUCUGAAAGUUGUGGAUACCGAUUUAUGGUGCUGGGGUGCAACAAUAGUUAUGCAACCAUGUAGAAGUCUCUCCAGAAGAUGAUGUUUUAUAACUUGAUGAUUAUGAAUCUAAUGGAAUGAGAAGUGAAAACUGCUGUCAUACCAACUCUGACUUAAACCAACAGUGUACGUGGUUGUUGGGUAAAUAUUUUGACCUUUAUAUUAACUGCUUUUGUCUUCACAUUUAUGUUUUCAUCCUUUAAUGAAUCUAUCCUAAAAUUAAUCCCCCAUUCCGACCUGUGGAGGACAGUUUUUUAUCUUUGCUAAUUGAAUAUAAAGUCUUCUGGCUUCUCAAAGCUGAAACAAUAAUGUACCUAUUGGUGUGGACUGAAUUGGAGAAGGAAUAGGAUAGAGAAGCAACAAUGGACAAAUAGGAUGAUAAUUGUUUUAUAUUAUAUUUGGUUUGUAUCUUAAAAAUAGAUAGAUUUGUAUUUAAAGAAGAGAAUAGAACUGUAAUAAAUAUUAAUUAUC